AUGCCGUCUGGCGAGUACGCGUCUGCGAGCGGCGGCGCAUUGCGGCUGAAAGGCGCCAAGGUGGAGAAGCACAAAAGCAAGAAGCACAAGAAGAAAAGAAGCAGCCGGGACAAGGAUAAGGAGGGCAACCGGGCACGCCACGCUGAGGACGAGCUGGAGCAGGUGGGCUCUGGCGGUGAGGACCGGGAUAGGAGGAAGAAGAAGAGCGAAACGAAGAACAAGGAAGGCAAGGGCGGCAGUGACGACGAAGACUACGACGACGACUAUGACGACCUGAAAAACGACCCGUAUGCGCGCAUGACAACUGCAGAGCGCCGGUUUGCCGAAGCACAAGACAAAAAGAUCCGUGAUUUGAUGCACGCAUCGCCCGAGGAGGCGCGCGCCGCACGCCCUGAGCUAUUCAAGUCCCACAAGGAGCGGCUCGCGGAUCUCAACAAUUACCUAUCACGCCUUAGCGAACACAACGACAUGCCCAAGAUUGGCCCGGGGUAG